CACACACACACACACACACACACACACACACACACACACACACACACACACACGUCCUCUUCUGCAUUUCCUCAUUGCACAUGCUCAAUGUGCUACUAGUUCAGACGUACACAAGCCUGACAGACAGCCAGACAGACGGACGGAGAGAAGAAACAAACAAGAGAAGAGAGAGAGAGGAGAAGAACCACACGUUUACCAGUUCUCUGAAACUUGACUUCUCUAUAGGUGAAACAAUGUCUCCAUCAGAGAACUAGAACGUCAUUCUGUUCUAGUUCUGUGUUCUACAGUACAGACACAGGUUCUUUUAGAACCCUGGCAUUUCUUCUAGAAGGUUUGUCAUUAGAAUUCUUACAGUUGACCACAGACAUCUUAUGUCUUACCAUUCUGAGCGGAUGAAUCUACAAAUGGUUUGUUUUUCUAUUUGACCAUAUUUUCCUGAGUUAUUCGAUCCCAGUUCUCCUUUGCCAAGAUAAGAUCAUUUUCAGGGACGUUGCUCAGAACCCGAAUGUAACGCCCGUUCUAGAUCUGUAGUGGACCUGACCGAUCCGUGUAGGAAGUUCUGAUGAACCGACUGCUGCUGUUGUUGUGACGUCUCCUGUGUUCGACCUCGUCUCAACGAUCUCUACCGGCUCUCUACUCGUCUUUUCUCCGUGAAGAGAAACCGGCUGCUGUUUCUGGUUGGCUGGUCUGUGGCACUGAGAUUGAGGUGAAGUCACUGCCCUUUUCACUAACCGCCGAGUGAAACCGUGUGAAUUGUUUCACAACUCUCUGGGCUGUUCAGAGACGGAGAGCAUAGAGAAGUCUACUGGGACUGUCAAUCAAUACAUCCGUCAAUCAAACAAUAGACGUAUUGAUCUGUCCAGUGACCGACCUACAUUGUUCAGUGUGUCCUCUGUGGACCUCCGUCCAUCCAGACUCGCCCUCUCUCCCACCCCUUCUUGCCCGGGGAAAAAGUGAGGUUGAGUGGGAUGGCUGAGGGGCAUGCUGGGCAAUACCCCCAGGUGUUCGUGGUGGACAGCCAGGCGAGCUACACCCCCUUGCCCAGCUGGAGGCACCUUAGGUGGGGAGGGAUCGGCCCGAGAGCCCUUCAGCUCCUGGUGGGUCUUGCGGUGGUCGGGAUCGUCAUGGAAGCCGGCUUCAUCGUGCACUUGUACAACAGGACAGGGGCCCUGAUCAAUGUUCAAUCCUUUAUCCAGAGGAGUGGCUCAGCUCAGGGUCUGACUGGAUCUGAAGAGACCAAUGAGAUUUUAGUCAAGCCUACGAGGAGGAAAGUCCCACCUGAGAUCCAACGGAAACCCUCAGCACACUUGAUAGGCCCCUCCCAGCCAGUGGGUGAGGAUAGUGUCGUUCAGUGGGAAUCAGACAAGGGCCUGUCUGCCUUCACAGAUCAGAUGGACUACAAAGAUGGCCACCUGGUAGCACAGAGGGAAGGGCACUACUAUGUCUACUCCAAAGUGCACUUCGUUGAAGACUGCUUUCUGUUCAAACACAAGGUGAUGAGGAUCACCGAGGGUUACAAAAACAAACCACUUGUGUUGAUGAAAGCUAACAGGUUCCAUUGUCCUUCCCAGGAUUCCAGACCGAAAAAGAUUUCUCAUCAGAAUCUUCUGAACAGCUACCUGGGCGGAGUCUUUCGUCUGUUGCCUGGAGACAUCAUCUAUGUAACCGUGGACAACGGAACGCUGCUGAGAUUUGGAGCUGAAGAUAAUUUCAUGGGGGCAUUCAUGAUUUAGGAGACGGUGUGUAUUGACACACACACACACACACACACACACAUACAUUUGUCAAUCAGAUUCGUGUGUCAGUUAUAUUAUUUGAAUGUAUAGAUUGGCUUUUUAAAGGUAUUUUAACAUUGAGACAACAUCUGCAGCAAUCUCGGCCAAUGGUGGGGAAAAUGCCUUUUAAACAUCCAUUGUCGGCUGUCUAGUGUGGUGUUUCUCAAUCCUGGUCCUGGGGACCCAAAAGGGUACAAAAACAUGCUGAGGAGUUGAUUACUUGAACUGUGCGAGUAGUACAAUCAACAGCACCACGACCAGGACUGAGAAACACUGGACUGGUGCUACAAUCAACAGCGCCAGGACUGAUAAACACUGGGCUGGUGCUACAAUCAACAGCACCAGGACUGAGAAACACUGGACUGCUGCUACAAUCAACACCACCACGACCAGGAUUGAGAAACACUGGGUUGGUGCUACAAUCAACAGCACCAGGACCAGGACUGAGAAACACUGGGCUGGUACUACAAUCAACAGCACCAGGACCAGGACUGAGAAACACUGGGCUGGUACUACAAUCAACAGCACCACGACCAGGACUGAGAAACACUGGGUUGGUGCUACAAUCAACAGCACCAGCACCAGGACUGAGAAACACUGGACUGGUGCUACAAUCAACAGCACCAGGACUGAGAAACACUGGACUGGUUCUACAAUCAACA